AUGAAGUUCGUACCUUUUUUCCUUUUUCUGAACACCGCUCACUGCUUUUUCGAUAUACAAGAUAUUAUAUCGGAAACUAUGACCAAGCUCCCAAAAGAUUUCGCCGUGGCUAUCAAGGACAUAGCCGAGGGACUGCCAGCAAAAACUAUAACCGUAGUGAGAGGAGAGUCUACUAAAAUCAGAUCUCAAGAUAUUUUCCAACUGCUGUGCUUGCUAAGCGAACACAACAUCCAAGUUAUUAAUUUGGACAUCACAACGAAACAAAAUAAAGACAAGUAUUACAGCUUCGUGAAGCAAGCAUUGGACAUUUCAGAAGACCGCACAAGUUUGAUCUUGUGCGAGCCGUUUGAAUGUGAAAAAAUCCUGACAGAGCUAACUGACAACAACCUAAUCCACCGUACGAUCCUGUACAUCUUCUACUGGCCGUACGGAACCGUCUCAGACAAGUUCCUGAACACUAUGAAAGAGGCUAUGCGAGUGGCUGUCCUCACAAACCCGAGGGAGAGCGUGUUCCGUGUAUACUACAACCAGGCAACCCCUGACCGUCUCCACCACCUAUCCUUGGUGAACUGGUGGUCAGGCCGCCUCUACAAGUCGCCGGUGCUGCCGCCAGCGGGGAAAAUCUACCAAGACUUCAAGGGUCGUUUGUUCGACGUCCCAGUGUUGCAUGCACCUCCGUGGCAUUUUGUGAGAUACAACAACGAUUCGUCGGUGAACGUAACUGGUGGUAGAGAUGAUAAGCUACUUUCACUCAUUUCUAAGAAACUUAAUUUCAGAUAUCGGUACUAUGAUCCUCCAGACAGAAGCCAAGGUUCGAGCAUCUCUGGAAAUGGCACAUUCAAAGGAACACUGGGAUUGCUUUGGAAACGAAAAGCCGACUUCUUCAUUGGAGACGUGACUAUGACGUGGGAGAGGCUCCAAGCGGUGGAAUUCUCGUUCCUGACGCUAGCUGACUCUGGGGCCUUCCUGACACAUGCUCCUGCCAAAUUGAGCGAGACUCUUGCCAUCAUCAGGCCUUUUAGAUGGGAGGUUUGGCCGCUGGUCUGCGCUACAGUGCUGGUGACUGGCCCAGCUCUAUGGGUGGUGAUCGCGGCUCCAUCGCUAUGGCAGCGUCGGCAACGAGACCAGCUGAGGCUCCUCAACAACUGCUGCUGGUUUACCACCACACUCUUCUUGAGACAAUCUUCUAGCAAAGAACCGUCGAAAACCCACAAGGCUCGACUGGUAUCUGUCCUAGUAUCCCUUGGGGCUACUUAUGUGAUCGGUGACAUGUACUCGGCGAACCUCACCAGCUUGUUGGCAAGACCUGCCAGGGAGAGGCCGAUUGGCACCUUGCAGGCGCUGGAGGAAGCCAUGAGGGACCGCGGGUACGAGCUGGUGGUGGAACGGCAUAGCUCUUCAUUGGCUAUCUUGGAGAACGGGACAGGUGUAUACGGGCGUCUAGCUCGGCUAAUGAGGCGUCAGCGCGUGCAGCGCGUGCGCAGCGUAGAGGUGGGCGUGCGGUUGGUACUGACACGCCGGCACGUCGCCAUCUUGGGGGGAAGAGAGACGCUGUACUACGACACUGAAAGAUUUGGAUCCCACAAUUUUCAUUUAAGCGAAAAGCUGUAUACCAGAUAUUCAGCUAUAGCCCUUCAAAUCGGAUGUCCCUAUCUGGAACCCUUCAACAACGUAGUAAUGACCCUCUUCGAAGCUGGUAUCCUCGCAAAAAUGACGACAGACGAGUACAAGAACCUUCCAGAGCAGUCUAGAAGAUCAGAGCCGGUGACGGAAAGCGAUAAACCAAAUAAUGAUAUCACGGGGGACUCGCUAGCCGCGUCGCAAGGCGGAACGACGCCAGGGGAGUCGACAAAAGCGCUAGAGCCGGUUUCGUUGAGGAUGCUGCGAGGCGCGUUCUGCUUACUCGGGAUUGGACAUCUGUUGGCAGCUAUAGCCUUGGGAGUGGAGAUCCAAAUUCACCGUCGAUCCAAGAAGUUCAUCAAGAUAGUGGAGCCAAAUGGUGGUAAAAAUGUACCCGGGAAGAGAGCCCUGAGGAAGGCUAGCAAAUUCAUCAGGCAAGGAGUCGGGAGGAUGGUAAUGGCCUUCUGCAGGUCCGUUGACAGAGCUUUAGGGCCUGGUAAUCAGUAG